UACCAUAAAAAAAGUAGAAGGGCUUAAACAUGUGAGGCUCACAAGAAGAUUGUUUUCGUGGCUGCUUUUUUUUGUUGGUUAUACCAUGAUUUUAAGCGCUGAGGUGGUCGGGCGAAAUUGUGCAUGUACAGAAGAAGAGGGCGAGGCAAUGGCUAAUUUUUGAGAACAAGUGAUUUGACGUCUGGAUCUGUUUUUUCUUUUCCUUUUUUUUCUAUUUUUUUUUUUUUUGGAACCGAAAUUGGGCUGCUCACCCGCAACCAAUUACUAAAUAGUGAUUCGAGUUUCUCUAGCUGAAACAUAUAUUAUUAUACGUGUUGGAUGGGCCAUAGGACUGUAUCAAGAUAUUCAGGCAAAUUCGAACCCAUUUCUCUUUUUUCUCUUGGAAUUAUUUUUCUAUCUUUGGACUGUUUUUCUCUUUGUUUGAUUUUUGUAUGUUUCAUUAUUUUUGUAUGUUUGAUUGUUUUUCCAUGUUUGAAUCAUUCUUCUAUGUUUGGACCAUUUUCUAUGUCGAAUUAUUCGUCUGUGUUUUGUAUCAUUCCUCUGUGUUUCCGGAGUCUCUCGCCAAAAUUUCGGAUAAAAACUCUGUGUAUCUUCUUGCAUGUUGCAUGGAUACAUAUACUUGGUCUUCUUGAUCCGCUCAAUAUACUGCUGUUUCUGAUGAAGAAACAUGUCAUCAGCGGCUUCCGCAAGAAAGAGUGCAAAAUACUGUUCACAGGUUUUUUUAUUGCCCCCAGGUCAGCGGCCUCACCAUGGAUUGUAAGAUCACGUCACGUGUAUUCUGCCUCUGAGACCACACCUUAGAAAGCUUCCCUCGUAAAGCACUUAAUUUACUUGAAAGAAUUAUUGCACAUAUUGAAAUGACAAAAAUGAUUCUGUUUGUUCGAGCUCGUGAAUGUGAUCAAGCCGGUUACCCUGGAGCAUCUCA